GUUAAAGCAAAUUAGACUCAUUGUAAAUAAUAAUAUAUUAUAUCGUUAAAAUGUUAUUUUUUUAUCCAUCUUUUCCAGUAGGCUAUAUAUUUUAUUAAGUUCACCAUGGCUGUUUUAUCACAAUUGCUCUGUAUAAUUUAAUGACACCUAGUCUAUAUAAUCCACUUUAAAUGAUAGAUAUCUUAGGAAACCUUACCUGAAUAAAUCUAGGCUUUAUAUGUGAGAUUAUCUCAGUGAUGCACAUAUUAGGCUAUUACUCCAAACUGAACUCAUGCAGCUAUUUGUUGAAACAUGUAUUCAUUUUUGUUACUUGUCUCAUAACCCUAUAACAACAGUGCCAUUUCCGUUUACGUAUAAGGCUCUUACCCCGGCGGAAGAAGAAGUAGUUCCUACCAGCAGCGUGUCAUUUUGACAAGAUCUGAAUAGUUUAGUCACUUUCCACCGUAUUCCUGUUAAUAAUAUACAUGACCACAAAUGACUGAAGUAUCAAAAGUAUCGAUAUUUUCAUUUGGGAAUCGAUUUUAGAGCAUACAGAUCUGGUAUCGGAAGUAUUGAUAUUUCAGUAUCGAUCCGCACAUCACUACAGUUUACCACACAGAAAAAGUUUUUCAGACCGUCUUCAGAGAGCUGUGAGAGGGUCCGUAGAGUCCUUCUGUCCGCUGCUGACACCAGCCGCAGUAUAUCGGUCAUCUCUGUCAGGUAAUGGAGCUUUAAAAUCUUCUUCCAAGUAAAUGUCUUCUCACUGUUUGUCUGCAACUGCCAGAGAUCAAAACGAGACGCUGAGAAACGCAGCUGGUUGCCUGUGGCAAUGCGCCCCGCAACGCGCCCCCGCAAGGCACGCACCGUCUCCAGCGCGGCUGUCACAACAACACAGAGACGCUUUCUUGUUUUUCAUGUCGAAAGCCAGAAAAAGUCAUAUUCAGGAAGCACACUGUAUAGCCUAUCAAGUAAUAUUUCAUUUCUUUAUAAUAGGCUAAUACAAAUAAUAAUAAGUAAAACGUUCAGGCUAUAAUAAUACAAUAAACAAGCCACAGUAUCUAUUCUUUAUUUUUUAUUUAUUUUUGGCGACGUUUUGAAUGACACGUAGAAUAAAAUGAUUUUUUUUUAUUUGCUCUGAUUAAGGACUGCACUUUUCAGGUUUCAGUUUCCUUUUGUCAAUAGGAAAGAAAGGUUUCAGUUUCCAGGAUUAUUAUAAGGACAAGGAGUUUCAGAGAAGACACAAGUGACUCUUCUGGAUCUUGUGUUGUCAUGGUGAUGGCUAGAGGACUUGGGAUUGUUCUCCUCACGUCACUGAUCGGUGUGAGUCAGCACAUAGCAAGAGAAGUACAGGUGAAAGCUGGUGAGAUGGUGGCGCUGUACUGCCCUCUUCACAGAGCGUUCAGUAAUCCUGAGGUGAUCACCUGGACCUCCACUCAGCAGACGGAUCUGAACAACAUGUCUCCAGCUGAGCAGAGGCACAGGGCCAUGCUGCUUCAUGGGAGAAGCCUCGUGUUGUUCAGCGCUGCUGUAAACGGGAAUUACUCCUGCUCCACGGGGAAUGGCAGCAGCCAGUUGUGGUUCCGGCUGGUAGUACAGACAACACAGUCCAGAGAGGAUCAGAAGCAGAGCCAGUACUCUAAAACAUGUUUUGCAGAAGAGGCCUGCAGGUUGCAUUGCCCUGAUGUAAACACACCUGCUGCAAACAUCCCGAAUAUCACCAGCAACGGCAUUAUAUGGAACAAGGAGGGCGAGUUGCCAGCAACAGGCAACUACUUCCCGCGUGUGGAGGAGAAUAAUGGUGGUGUCUACACCUGUACCAGAUUAUACCUGUAUUAUGGUCAGAUCUAUAACAAGACUUUUACAGUUCCGCUUAUUGUUCAACCAAAAGAAAUACCUAUGAUACCAGCGAUCACCUCACCAAACAACAGUGAUGUAUUUUAUGUACAUUUGGGCUCACCAAAGGUGAUUGAUUGUCAAGCUGUUCUGUAUUCAGAAUUUGAUGACAUUUUCUGGUCCAGCGAGAAAUCGUUCAUUAAAAAGAACAGCAGCUUUCCUGUUUUCUACAAUUACUCACGGGAAUAUAUUGCCGGAGAAAUAAAGGUGGUAGCAUCUUUAGUCUUCAGAAAGGUGUCGGAGGAGGAUCUAUUGAAACGUUACUCGUGUCGUCUGGAGUCUGAAACGGGCUUCUCCAGCUCCGUCACCAUCAACUUGGCCAAAGAAGCUUCUCCAGCUCACCUCUACCUGGCCCUCUGCGUUGUGGGCAUCAUGUUGGUGGUGAUCGCUGCAACAGUUGUUGUUUGUUUGAAACUGAAAACGGACAUCGCUCUUUUUCUGCAGCGCUCUCUUUGCUGUCGCAGCCCCUCAGAUGGUAAAAGCUACGAUGCCUUCUUGAUGUAUUACGAGAGCGACGCAGACGCAGGACUACAUGAAGAAGACAGAAAAUACCUGGAGAGAGUUUUGGAAGAGCGCUUUGGUUACAGCCUCUGUCUCUAUGAACGUGACGUCUUACCGGGCCAAGCUGAAGCGGAGGCAGUGCUGGAGUGCAUAGAGCAGAGUCGCGCCGUGGUUUUGGUUCCCACCUCUCCAGAUCCUGGUCCAGGGUCUGGCCUGCUGAUUGCCCUCCAUGAAGCCCUUGUUGAGAGGCAGACUCGCUUGGUUUUCAUCAACACUGACACAACAGAAGAGUUGAAAUGUGGUUUGUUACCGGAGACCUUACAGUUCCUUAGUGAGACUGGAGACUGUGUCACCUGGAAGGGCCAAAGCUCCAUGCAGCCCUCGUCCUCCUUCUGGAAACAGCUCCGUUAUUACCUAGCGGCUCCACAGUAUUCAGCCAAAGCAAGACUUCUCCCUCAGACAGUCUAGGACGCUUUGUCUUGCUAACAUGUCUGACUGUUCCGUUUUCUCUCCACGGAAAGGGCAACAAAGGAUAUUACUCAGUUACAGUCUUCCAAUUUGUUUGUUUAUUUGUUUUCUGAAAAGCAACAGGUAAAAAACCAAAAAAAAAACCUCACCCAAUAACAAUAAGCAACAAUAAUAAAUAACAUAACCCAUAUUUCAUAACAAAUAUCAAAAUAUCAAUCAACUAUUAAUGACUAAAUUAAACAUCAUAUGCAUUAAUCAACAUUUUAUAUUUAUAUUUUCAUAUUUUAGAAUUUCAUGAAUAUUAUAAUAACUGUAAUAAUAAUAAUUAAUCCUUUUUUCAUGUACACGCACCAUAUUCAAAGCCUAACAAAACGUCUAUGCAAAAGGUGCAUUAGUCAUUAUCUGCACUAAAAACUGCAACUCCCAAAAUGCCCCGCGGCAAACCAGGAAGUAAAGCGCCCGCAUCAAAAGCGGGUCCCGGCGAUUCAUUCCAUCAAACACUCAUAAAGUCAACAAAACAACCAUGGAUGACACAGAUGGGAUAUCAAGCUAUAAAUACAUAUGUUAGCUUUAUAGCUUCGCCAUUUCUGGAACUUUUAACUUUGAUUAUUAGCGACCAAACCGUGAUUUCUACCAGAGCAUUGCAUUAUUUUUUAGCGAUCAACAAGCGAGCAGACGGAACACAGUGAUGCAGCAUAGCGACAGUAGACAGCAUGA